GGGGGGAGGCGGCGGCUCCCCCGGCACACGCGGCCAUGCCCAAGGUCCGCCCGGCGCGGGGCCCCGGCCCCUCGGUACCGCUGGCCGAGCAGAUCCUGCGGGAUGGGGCUCCCAGAGCCAGGGCGCGGGGGAAGCGGCGCGGAGCCCCGGCCGAGGAGGAGGAGGAGGAGGGUGGCGGACGGGAGGGCUACGUGGACGCGCGGCUCUCCCGGCGCAUCCUGGAGCAGGCGCGGCGGCAGCAGGAGGAGCUGGAGGCCGAGCACGGCCCCGCCGCUCCCCCCAGGCAGCGCAGCACGGCCUUGGGCCCGGCGGUGCGCGGCCCCGGCGCGGACUCGGAGGAGGAUGAGGAUGAGGAUGAGUGGCCUUCGCUGGAGAAGGCGGCAGCGGCGGCCAGACGGAGCGGGGAGUACGGCGGCGAGGUGGAGGUGGACCCCGAGGAUGAGAAAGCCAUCGAGAUGUUCAUGAACAAGAACCCACCGCUGAGGCGCACGCUGGCAGACAUCAUCGUGGAGAAGAUCACGGAGAAGCAGACGGAGGUGGAGACGGCGCUGUCGGAGGUCUCGGGCUGUCCCAUGCCCCAGCUCGACCCCCGCGUCCUGGAGGUCUACAGGGGGGUCAGGGAGGUGCUGUCCAAGUACAGGAGUGGGAAACUCCCCAAGGCAUUUAAAAUCAUUCCUGCCUUGUCCAACUGGGAGCAGAUCCUCUACAUCACAGAGCCCGAGGCGUGGACAGCAGCUGCCAUGUACCAAGCCACCAGGAUAUUUUCAUCCAACCUGAAGGAGAGGAUGGCUCAGAGGUUCUACAACCUGGUGCUGCUGCCGCGGAUCAGGGAUGACAUUGCUGAGUACAAGCGCCUCAAUUUUCACCUCUACAUGGCUUUGAAGAAGGCUCUGUUCAAGCCAGCAGCCUGGUUCAAAGGGAUCCUCAUCCCCCUGUGUGAGUCGGGGACCUGCACGCUGCGGGAGGCCAUCAUCAUCGGCAGCAUCCUCACCAAGUGCUCCAUCCCUGUCCUGCACUCCAGCGCGGCCAUGCUGAAGCUGGCUGAGAUGCAGUACAGCGGCGCCAACAGCAUCUUCCUGCGGCUGCUGAUCGACAAGAAGUACGCGCUGCCCUUCCGCGUGGUGGACGCCCUCGUCUUCCACUUCCUGGCCUUCCGCACGGACCAGCGGGUCCUGCCCGUGCUGUGGCACCAGAGCUUCCUGGCCUUCGCCCAGCGCUACAAGGAGGACCUCUCCUCGGAGCAGAAGGAGGCUUUGCUGGAGCUGCUCAAGUUCCACAGCCACCCGCAGAUCUCGCCGGAGAUCCGGAGGGAGCUGGUGAACUCCAAGACGCGGGAUGUGGAGGGGCAGCAGCCGCCUGUGGCCAUGGAGUGAGCAGGGAGAGGCAGGAAAAGCUGCAGCCCACCCUGCUCCUGGGACACUGCUGGAGGAAGUUGGGAGAGUGGUGCAUGAGUGGAGCAUCUGUCCUGGGAUUUCACUGCUCCAACUGGGUGCUUGGACAGGUUGGUGCCCAUAGAGCUGGAGGGGGCUCUCUGCACUGCUUGUCACAGGGCAGGGCAGCCCCUGUCCCACCCGGGAACCUGGUGCCACCCACACCCUGGAGGGUCUGACCUGUUCCUGUAUUUGAAAAUAAAACCCGAGCCGUGUCCAUCAGUCA